GACCUGUUUUGUGGGCGUGGCCGUGGCGGGCUCAAAUGGCGGCGGCGCUGGGCGCCUAGGCCGGCGGGGGCCAUGAGCGCCGCCCGGCCCCAGUUUAGCAUCGAUGAUGCCUUCGAGCUGACCCUGGAGGACGCGGGGCCUGGGCCCGAGUCCAGCGGGGUCGCCCGCUUCGGGCCGCUGCACUUCGAGCGCCGGGCUCGGUUCGAGGUGGCUGAUGAAGACAAGCAGUCCCGGCUACGCUACCAGAACCUGGAAAAUGAUGAGGACGGAACCCAGGCCUCUCCGGAGCCAGAUGGGGGAGUCAGCACCAGGGAUUCAGGGCACAUGUCUAUCCGCAGCUCCCAGUGGUCCUUCAGCACCAUCAGCAGCAGCACACAGCGCUCCUACAACGCCUGCUGCAGCUGGACCCAACAUCCUUUGAUCCAGAAAAACCGCCGGGUAGUGCUGGCCUCCUUCCUGCUUCUGCUGUUGGGGCUAGUGCUUAUCCUGGUCGGCGUGGGACUGGAGGUGGCCCCCUCUCCAGGUGUCUCCAGUGCCAUCUUCUUUGUGCCGGGCAUCCUGCUGUUAGUCCCAGGAGUCUACCAUGUGAUCUUCAUCUACUGUGCUGUCAAGGGCCGCCGGGGCUUCCAAUUCUUCUACCUGCCCUAUUUUGAGAAGUGAGCUACAACUGGCCAGUGGCUCACCAGUGAUCCAAGGCCUCAGGUCACCUCCACGCGUCCACAGGGUAUUCCUCCAACCUACACCUGGUUCUGUUCCUUUCACCUGAGGCCCUCUGGGACCCUCACAACCACCAGGCCCCUUUGAAUUUGCUCAGGAAGUUUGGAGCAUGCCAGCCUGGGGAUAUUGCCUCUUACCUGAUGUGUGCCUUAACUUAUUUCUGGGUUCUGGACUCCUGGGUUGGUGUAAUUUUGUGCUAAUAAAAGGGUAAUUACUUCCAACAA